AUGUCUGGCCGAUUCGUGCGCGCGUCGAAGUAUCGACACGUCUUCGGCAAGCCGACCCGGAAGGAAUUCUGCUACGACAACCUCCACAUCAGUAGGAAUGCCUGGGAUACGAACCUAGUCAACCCCGAAUACCUCUCGGUCAAUUGGGAAUCUGGUGGCGGUGGCGCAUUCGCGGUCAUCCCGUUGAAUGAGAGGGGAAAGAUACCCGACGUCAUACCUCUCUUCCGUGGACAUACAGCUGUUGUGUUGGAUACCGACUGGCAUCCUUUCAACGACCGUAUUAUUGCGUCUGGCUCCGACGAUGGCAAGAUCUUCAUAUGGGAGGUCCCCAGGGACUUCAGCCUCUUCACCGACGCCGAAGAGCCCGCAGACGUGACCCCAGUAAGCAAGCUAGCUGGACAUUCCAGGAAGGUCGGCCAGGUCAAUUUCAACCCCGCUGCCGAGAACAUCCUCGCCUCGGCAUCUGGUGACUUCACCAUCAAGCUGUGGGACAUCAGCACCGGCCAGUCUCCGCUGGCGCUUAAGCACAACGAUAUCGUCCAAUCCCUGUCAUGGAACGCGUCCGGAAACCUGUUGGUCACGACCUCAAGAGACAAGAAGCUGCGCGUUUGGGAUGUGCGCCAGGAGAAGCCGGCGCAUGUCGGACCCGGCCACGAGGGCGCCAAGAACAGCCGUGCAGUUUGGAUGGGCGAGCACAACCGUAUCGCGACGACGGGUUUCUCCCGCAUGAGCGACCGCCAACUUGCGCUGUGGGAGCCGGGUAGUGACAAGCCCAUCGGUGGCUUCAACAACCUGGACUCCAUCUCUGGUGUCUGCAUGCCUUUCUGGGAUGACAGCACCAACUGUCUGUACCUUGCCGGCAAGGGCGACGGUAACAUUCGAUACUUCGAGUACGAGAACGACAAGUUCGAGUUCCUCUCCGAGUACAAGUCAGGAGACCCGCAACGAGGCAUUGGCUUCAUGCCUAAGCGCGGCGUUAACCUUCACGAGAACGAGGUCAUGCGGGCUUACAAGACCGUCAACGACCUCUACAUCGAGCCUAUUUCCUUCACCGUCCCCCGUCGCGCCGAGACCUUCCAAAGCGACAUCUUCCCGCCAUGCACAGGAUCCAAGCCAGCCAUGUCCGCCUCGGAGUGGCUUUCUGGCAAGACUGCGCUCCCACCAAAGAUCGACCUGGAGAGCAAGUACGAGGGCAACGCUCCCGUAGAGGUCGCCGCCGACUACAAGCCACCUGCAGCUGCGCCGGCACCAACCCCUGCCCCGGCUGCCAAGCCUGCACCGAAGCCUGAGCCCGAGCCGGUCCGCGCGGCGCCGCCAUCUGUGGCUCAGCAGAAGGGCUCCAUGGCUGCAGCGGCGUCCAAGUUCCAGGAUGACGAGGAGGACAAGGAGGACGAGGCCGAGACGUCCAGCUUCGAGGAGGUGCAGAAGCCAGUGUCAAGAGCUGCGCUGCCGGUCCGCUCAGAACCCAAGGCGCAAGCCCCAGCGCAGGCCAAACCACCCUCGCCCAUCAAGUCCAGCGCACCGUUCGCCUCUUCGGCACGUAGCCCGCAGCCGUCGCCGGCGCUCUCGCAGUCCGGGUCCGGGUCGGGCCACGUGGAGGCGUCCCUGGAGCAGAUCAAGCAGCUCAUCGAGGCGCAGACCAGGGUCAUCACGGCGCAGGGCGAGAAGAUCACUGCACAGGGCGAGGCCAUGGCGCACCUCACGGGCGAGGUGGAGACGCUCAAGAAGAGGGUCGUGUCCGCCGGGUCGCAGGACCAGAGCGAGAGGAUCCGGCAGCUCGAGCUGGAGCUGGAGGAGGCGCGGUCGUGA